UGAACCCCUCAUACUGAUUUCAAUCAGAGCAGUUCUCUAUUUGAAAAUCAGCAGUUCACAAAAUGGCUGAAAAUAUUUAUAUAAAUACUCCCAUGCGGCAUAAUCCAGGAUCAGCAGUGAAAGAUCAAAAUAAGAAGUGUGUUCUCAAUAAGAGGGAUGGUGUCUAUUUGGUGGUCCUUCUCUCUGUUCUCCUCUUUUUGUCUCUGCUGGCUACUGCAGUGUUGGCUCACCUGUAUUACACCAGUAACACAAAUCAGUUAAUAGGAUGUGAGCCAGUGAAAAACAACUCAAAUCUAGAAGUCAACAAGCCAUCACUUCCCUGUUCUUAUAAAGGUUUGCCAGAGAAGUGGGUCCAGGACAAGGGGAGAUUCUAUGUUUUCUGCAGUGAUACAAAGGACUGGAACAGCAGCAGACAACGCUGUCAGGAUCUGGGUGGAGACCUGGUCAUCAUCAACAGCAGUGAGGAGCAGGAAUUUCUUGCUCAGCAAAUAGUCACUUUUAACGCAUUGGUGCUACACUGGAUCGGCCUGACUGACCACCAGACUGAGGGAGUAUGGCUUUGGGUGGACAACACCCCCCUAAACAACAACGUCUCAUGGUGGAUCUUCCCUCCUGACGAUGAUGAUAUACAUGAUCCCAUGGGUGAAGACUGUGCUGUAAUAAAUGGAUACGUAAAAGGAGAAAAAUGGGGAGAUAUUUCUUGCUUGAAAACGCAAAGAAGCAUUUGUGAGGUUCCAUGUUCUUGAUCAUUAGUACUACAGUAGCUACACUCUUACAAAUAAAGGUUUCAAAAAGGGGGUUUUCACAGUGAUUUCAUAGAUAAACCAUUGCUGGUCCCCCAAAGAACCUUUCAGUAAACAUUUUUUAAAAGAACCAUUUUUAGUGUGAAGAACAUUAUAGUAUAAUAAUCUAAACAACCCUUUUCCACUGUUAAGAACCUUUUGUGGAAUGGUAAGAUUUGGAUGUCAAAGGUUCUUUUGACACUUUAUGACUUUCAAUAUCACUGUUAUAUAUAUAUAAAGUGUACUGUAUACAAUACAGUUAAGAAAGAUUUAUAUUCUUUAUUUUGUAAUUAUUGUUCGCAGCAUCGGCCAUUUGUGCAUAUACAACAUGAAGGAAGAAAUAAAAAGACAUGAGUGAACAUACAAUGGAUACAGCA